GCUGAGUCAGCAGGAAAUGCUUCGCCCCGCAUUGUGUUAGAGGAAGCGAUUUUGGCGAUGACUGUUUCGCGAUGACUGAACAUAUUCAAUAGGAGCACCACAAAACGCGGUACGAAGCGAAGAUCAAGGAUCAAUACACGCCUGACGAGGAACUAGUGUCUGAACAUUCCGCUGCUGGCCGCAGCAUCGGAUCUAGUGUUCCAGCAAGACAACCAGCCUUGUACACCAUUGCUCACGCGAGCUAUCAUGGCGACCGCAAACGGCGUCAAUGGCUCCGCAAAGCAUGAGAUUCUCCCUGAACCUGGCAAGAAGAACAUCCUCAUCACUUCCGCGCUCCCGUAUGUCAACAACGUGCCCCACUUAGGCAACAUUAUCGGCUCUGUUUUAUCUGCAGACGUCUUUGCACGAUACUGCAAAGCGCGCGGUCAUCCGACCUUGUUCGUCUGCGGGACAGACGAGUACGGUACGGCGACCGAGACGAAGGCGAUCGAGGAGGGUGUGACUCCCCAAGAGCUUUGCAACAAGUACAACCGCUUGCACAAGGAAGUGUACGACUGGUUCGAAAUCGGCUUCGAUCAUUUCGGCCGGACACCGACGCAAGAACAGACCGAUAUUGCGCAGGAUAUAUUCUUGAAGUUGCACAAGAACGGCUACUUGGACGAGCGGACAACGACGCAGCCGUACUGCGAGCAGCAUAAAGGUUUCCUCGCUGAUCGUUUCGUGGAAGGAGAGUGCCCGAUCUGCCAUUUCCACGAUGCGCGAGGUGACCAGUGCGACAAGUGCGGGCAUUUGCUCGAGCCUCUGGACCUGAUAAACCCGCGGUGUAAGCUUGAUGGUGCGACGCCGAUUCCGAAAGAUACAAAGCAUGUCUUCCUGCUGCUGGACAAGCUACAGGAACAGGUUGCAAAGUGGAGCGAGAAAAGCCAGGUCGAAGGCGCCUGGAGCGAGAACAGCAAGCACAUUACCAAUGCAUGGCUACAGGAAGGUUUGAAACCGCGUGGUAUAACUCGUGACCUGAAGUGGGGUACCGCGGUGCCGCUAGAGGGUUACGAUGAGAAGGUGCUGUAUGUCUGGUUUGAUGCUUGCAUCGGCUAUGUCUCGAUUACAGCAACGUAUACGAAGCACUGGGAGAAGUGGUGGCGUGAUCCGGAGAAUGUCAAGCUGUAUCAGUUCAUGGGCAAGGACAAUGUGCCCUUCCACACCGUCGUCUUUCCGUGCUCGCAACUUGGCACAGGCGACAAGUGGACGAUGCUGAACACACUUAGCACGACAGAAUAUCUGAACUACGAAGGAGGAAAGUUCAGCAAAAGCCGUGGCAUCGGCGUGUUUGGCUCGAGUGCCAAGGAGACGGGCGUUGCGCCUGAUGUUUGGAGGUAUUUCCUUUUGCUGAGGAGACCGGAGACUAGCGAUACCGAGUUCCAGUGGGAUGGCUUCAUCUCUGCGAACAACAACGAGCUGGUAGCGAACUUCGGCAACUUUGUGAACCGCAUAUUGAAGUUCGUCAACUCUGCCAACUACGACUCAGUCAUACCUGCUGCACCGAAGCUAGAGUCUUCCUCGGAUCUUGCGAAGAAUCUAGAACAACACAUCGCAGAAGCGAAUGACAUUCUAAAGCGCUACCGAGAGGAGAUGGACGCGGUACAUCUCAAGGCAGGUCUGAUCAACGCUCGCGAACUGUCUUCACUCGGCAAUAAGCUUCUUCAAGACAACCGUCUCGACAACGCUCUUUUCAGCAACGAGCGCGAACGUUGCGACGCUGUCGUCCACCUCUGCAUCAACCACGUCCACCUCCUCGCUUCGGUCAUUGCGCCCUAUCUACCCGCCACCACUCGUGCCAUCCUCGAGCAGCUGCAAGCGGACCUUCUCAUCAUCCCGGACGACUGGAAAGCAGAUAGCAUAUCCGGCGGUCACACUAUCGGCAAAGCUGCGCAUCUGUUCAAGAACAUCAAGCCGGAGAAGGAACAGGAGUGGCGGGAGUUGUUCGGCGGACAGGAAUUGCAGAAGCAGAAGCAGGCUGAAGCUGCAAAGAAGGCGGCUAAAAAGGCGGAGAAGGACAGGAAGAAGGCUGCGAAGGCUGAUGGGAAGAAGGCGGCCGAUGAAGGUAAGGGCAGCGUAGAGAGUGUGGAGAAGGAUGGCGUGCAGAGUGACCCGAAGGCUGGUGAUGCGCUGGAGGAGGUAACAGAAGGCACAAAACAAGUUACGCUGCAGACGAGCUAAGGUCUUAUGUUGAGGCUGUAGUAAAUUGUUAUCUGCCCGUUAGCGUGGCGUUGGUGUGGCUGUCCGAGGAUGGAUGGUUGAUGUGGAGAGUGAUUUCAAAGAUGGCCUGAUGCCAUGUUCUCACUGCAGCGCAGGUUGAGCUGAACCCUUCCGGAUGUCAGCAUUUCUAUGCAUGCUUCGCCAACUUCAUGUCGAACCACACGCCUUCGCCUCGCCUGCCGUGUCUCGUCAAUUGCGAGAAGUCGCAAUGAAGCUUAAGGACUU